UCCUCCUCCCCCUCCAAGUCUCUCACAGCUCAGUGCUCUGCUCCAAAAUCCGGUUAGACCAUGUAACCCACCGAGGGCAGGAGCACCAAGGCUUCUCACUGUCAUCCGAAAAGCGAACCAAACGACAGUGACAACACAGCAGCGACCACUUUUCAAUGGGGCACAGCCAGAGCCAAGGAGCCAUUUAGUGGCGUUGAAGGAAACGAUCUGAAGACCUCUGGCCCCUGCAGACACUAUCACAGACGUAAACACACAGCGGGAGGUAAGAGGGACCCAGUCCUGUGGAUCGACAACAUGUCGUCCAGUAAUCCCCCCAGCGGCCUCACGGACAGGAGUGGUAGCUUCUUUAAGUUGAUUGACACAUUUGCAUCAGAGAUCUGGGAGCUGAAGAAGGAGAUGGUCCAGACCUCUCCCAUCACGGAAAAGAAGGCCCAGGAACUACAGGGGAUGGAGAGCGAGGUUUACCUGAUGUCCCCCCACUGUGGCAGGGAGGGGGGUGAGAGGGACUCUGGGUACGACUCCUUGCGAAGGAGGAUGAGCGUGUUGGACCGGCUGACUCAGACCCACCCAGUGUGGCUGCUUCUUGCAGUCAGUGAAAUGGAGGCCAGUCACAUACUCCUCAAACAGCCACCAGGGGUAUUCCUGGUCAGGAAGUCAGCUGCUCUGCAGAGGAAGGUUUUGUCUGUGCGGGUGAAGGAGGAUCAAUCAGGAAGCCCCAUCCGCCACUUCCCUGUCAGAGAGAGCCAGUACACCUUUUCUCUGGAGGGGGCUGGAAUCGGUUUUGCAGAUCUGUUUCGCCUGGUAGCUUUCUACUGCAUUAGCAGGGAUGUAUUGCCUUUCACACUCAAACUCCCAGAGGCCAUUGCAUCUGCCAAGACCAAGAAAGAAUUGGAGGAGGUGGCUCAGCUUGGAGCAGGCUUCUGGGAUUCUGCCCUGUGCAGUCAGUGGCGCACAUCCCCCCGUCCCUGUCGCCCUCGGAGCCGUACCCUCAGUCCCCAGCGAACUAACAGGAACAGGGAGGCAAAGGGGUCACAGCAGAGGCAUACCGGGGAUCACAGCGAGAGUGCGCCCCCAACCCUACGGUCGCACACUCCUCCACCUUCCUUUGAUCUGCAGAGAAAACAUCCCAGCAGCCCCGUGUGCUUUGUUAACCCCUUGUUUCUCCAGACUCAUCACCACCACGACUGCUGCAAGAAGGAUUCUCCUUCACAUGCUGUCAAGUCUGAUAACAACCAAGAGAAUGAGGGGAAGUUGUCCAUGAAGCCAGUAAGCAGCAGUGAAGAGGGCGAACAGCACACGGACAAAAUCAAAUCGAACGUCAAAUCAAGGCCCCCCCGCCCUCCUCCCCCCCGUUCAAUGCCACGCCGGCGCCCUGCCCCAGCUCCCACUCGGUUUCCAGCCCCAGCUCCCCCUGGGUUUCCAGCAGCUACAAUCAGACCCAAGAGCACACCACAGGCUACUGCUGUGGCUAAAAGGCAGCACCAGUCCUCCAGCAGGAACCCAACACCCACUCGACCACCAGCACUUGCCAGGCACAGCUCACCAAACCCUGCACCCUCAAAUCAAGCACCUCCAAGGCCUAAAAAGCCUGAUCUGGAAGCCCAGCGCUGCCACAUCGCCUUGGACGAUGAAACUAUAGCCAAGGCCCUGUCUCGUGCCAAGCUUCCAUCAUGCCAGCCUCCACCUACUGUCCCUGCUGAUAUACUACUAAAGAAAAACACUGGGACCCCGUCCAGGCCUAAUGAAAGGGUACGCCAGCGGCUCAGUGACAUGAGCAUGUCUACUUCUUCCUCUGACUCACUGGAAUACUCGCUGUCUCCUGAAUUCUCCCUGGGUCUGGCCCCCAGACAUCAAGACCCAGUGGAAGACAGCAGUGAAGAGGAUGAGGAUGGGGAAGAAGAGGACGAGGACUAUGGGGUCGGCCUGGAAACCGAUCUAGAAAUGCGCCUUCGUCAUUCCUUCAAAGCACAGAGGCGGAGGGUUGGUGUGAGGCUGGGUGGUGGGUCCUUAGUGCUCCCCAAGGCCUUGAAGGGACGCUUUCGCAAGGUAGGCUGCAUGCUGAGCUCUCUCAUGACACCGGAGAGACGGGCAGUGAAACGGAUUGCUGAGCUGUCCAAGGACAAAAGUUCCUAUUUUGGCUCCCUGGUUCAUGACUACAACAGUUUUGUUCAGGAGAACCGAAGCUGCCACACAUCAGGGAUGGAUUUUCUUCAGACUCUCAGGCAGUUUUUGACGCAGAUGAAGGCUUACCUGCGCCAGAGCUCUGAGCUGGACCCUCCAAUAGAGUCACUCAUACCUGAGGACCACAUCGACCAGGUGCUAGAGAAGGCUAUGCACAAGUGUGUCCUGAAGCCUCUGCAGAGCGUCAUCGAGGGGAUUUUACAUGACUUCCAGGUGAGCAGCGGAGCUUGGCAGCAGCUGAGAGAGAACCUGGCCUUGGCUAAGACUAAGCGGCCCCAGGAGCUAGGCGUGGAUGGGGUAGUGCCCCCUGAUCCAAUGGCUAUUGAGAAAAUCCGCCGCAAGUUCUUAAAAAUGAGGAAGAUGUACUCGCCUGAGAAAAAGGUGUCGCUGCUGCUGCGUGUGUGCAAACUUAUCUACUCCAUCAUGCAGGAUAACUCAGGGAGGAUGUUUGGUGCUGAUGACUUCCUGCCCAUGCUUACUUAUGUGCUGGCUCAGUGUGACAUGCCUCAGCUGGACACAGAGAUCCAGUACAUGAUGGAACUGCUGGACCCAUCUCUGCUCGGAGGAGAGGGGGGCUACUACCUGACCAGUGCUUAUGGAGCCAUGGCCCUCAUCAAGAACUUCCAGGAGGAUCAAGCAGCCCGGGUGCUGAGCUCCGAGGCCAGGAACACUCUGCACCAGUGGCACCGCCGACGCACCACCCAGCGUUCAGUGCCGUCUGUGGACGACUUUCAGAACUAUCUCCGUGUAGCCCUGCAAGAAGGGGACACAGGCUGCACAGCCAAAACCCUGGUUGUCCACCCUUACACCACCACAGAAGAGGUUUGCUCACUCUGCGCUUACAAAUUCAGCCUCCCUGACCCUGAGAACUAUGCACUGUUUCUGGUCACUGAGGACACCAGCCAGCAGCUCGCUCCUGACACACACCCUCAACGAAUCAAAGCCGAGCUCCACAGCCGGCCCCGUGCACAGAUCUUCCACUUUGUCUACAGGAGAGUGCCUAACCUCAACCUCUGCAUCCCUGCCAUCAUGCAAAACGGAAACUGCCUUCAAGUUGAAUAGCGGAAGAGAAUGUAACUGCAUGAUGCUCUUGUGUUUUGUAAAUAGGUUUGAGGAUGUCUGCAAAGAAA